CAACCCCGAACUCUCUCAUCUCAUCCAAUUCCAAUUCCUUUAACCAAUAUUCUCCCCUGCCCCGAACACUGCAAGAAUGCCCGACACCGAAGAACCCCCCAUCUUCACCAAAUACCCGUCCCUCCGUAAGAUGGCGGGGCUAGAGGAGUCGGAGAUCGUUGAGUCUCAUGACGGGCGCGAGAUCACGCUUCUCAAGCACAUCUACGCCCAUGCCGAGCUGGACACCAAACUGCGGGGUUCUCCAGCCGCCAUUCUGGAGGCGAUGGACGAGUUCGCCGCCCAGGAGGACUUUCUAAUCAACAUCGGUCCGGACAAAGCGGGCAAGCUGGCCGUCCUGGUGCGCGAGCACCGGCCCAGGGUGGUGGUGGAGUUGGGGGGAUAUGUUGGGUACUCUGCCAUCCUGUUCGGAAGUAUCUUGAAGGAGAUAUGGACGCCGUACCACCCGGACCACGCGGAUCUUGAGGCGGGCGAGGAGGACAAGCCCAGGGUCUACAGCAUCGAGAUCGACCCGCUGGUCGCCUCCGUCGCCAUGAAUCUCGUCAGCCUCGCCGGCCUGCAGGAUCUCGUCGAGGUCGUCGUCGGCGCCUCCGCCCACACCCUGCGUCGGUUGCACGGGCAAGGAACCCUCGGCGACCGGGGCAUCGACCUGCUGUUCAUGGACCACGACGAGGCGCGGUACGCGGCAGAUGUCCAAGUGGCCGAGGAACUGGGGCUUCUGAACACAGACGGCGCCCUGGUCAUUGCCGACAAUGUGCUGCGACCUGGGGCGCCGGCCUAUCGCGAUUACAUGCGCCAGAACCCGCGCCUCCGCCGGAGUUGGGGCUUGCCGGGAUUGAUUGUGCCCGGGGAUCUCGCGGACGAGAUGGAGAUCAGCGUCGUGGGUCGAAAGAUGCCGAGGGAGAAGAAAUCGAGCCGCGCAAUGGAGAAGGCCGAGGAGGAGAACGGGGUGGACGAGCAGAAGCAGCCUGACCGCGAGAGGAAGAAGGCUGCUAACUAAGAUGCUAGCAUGGAGCAGGCAAAGAGAGUGACAGGAGUCGAUGGAUUCAGUAGAGCCCCCUUGAAUAUAAAUCAAAUCGGAAUCCAGGAUGGUGCCCUAACGCACAACGUCUCAACGAGCGAAGCAUGCGUACACACACGCGCGCACAUACACAGAACGAGACCGCGGAGAAUCACAAAGCCAUUAAUCUAUGUUCCCAGAAAACCAUCUGAAACUUGACUCAGCAACUUCCC